GAGAGAGAGAGAGAGAGAGAGAGCUCAUCAGUCUUUCUCUGUGUUCUUGUGUUAUAAAUUCAUCAGACCCUCUCUCUUUCUCGUUAGGAGAGACAUCGCUACGCACAAAGUUCCCGUUCUUCAUAUCUCUCUUUCAGUCUCCUUAUUCGUUUUGGUGUUUCAUCGUCUCUGUGUUCCGCUUCUAAUCUGUGCUUGCUGCUUGCUUGUCCUCCCGUUCAGAUAUUUGAAACUCAAAGAGAUCAAAUGAAGGUGAUCAGUUUUCUCUCUUUAUCUUAAAUUCAAAAGUGGUGGUGAAAGUAGAAGUAUAUGACGCCAAAUCCAAGCUAAAGGCCAUGAGGGCAGUCUCUUCCGUUUCAGGAAUCAAUUCUAUCUCUGUGGAUAUGGAGAAGCAUCUAAUGACAGUGAUCGGAGAAGUGGAUCCUGUGGACAUCGUCGGGAAAUUGAGGAAGUUUUGGCAGCACACGGUUAUAGACUUUGUUGGGCCACCGGAAGAGCCCAAAAAGGAAGAACCGAAGAAAGAAGAACCCAAGAAGGAAGAACCGAAGAAAGAAGAACCCAAGAAAGAAGAACCCAAGAAAGAGGAAAAGAAGGAAGAUCCCAUCGCCGAGCUCAUUCAGUUAAUGAAGGAGAGACAUGAGAGUGGUCAUCCCUAUAAUAUUCCCUAUGGGACGACAUAUUACUCCCUCAAGGAUGUCUCAGAUACGAACCCCAACACUUCUUGUGUUAUCUCUUAAUUGGAAGGAUUGAUCAUUUGAUCCUCUUCCGUACAAGAAGAAUAAAGGGUAGGGAAAGGGUAAAGGUAGGGUAGGGUUGGGCUGGGCAUUUCAAUGGCAUACACCAAUGAUAGGAUUAAACGUAAGAAGGUAAAAGGGUCUUUUUCAAAGGAGAAAAAGAGAAGAAGAGAAGAAGAGAAGAAGAGAAGAAGAGAAAAAGACAUAUGAUGGCACCAACACCAUGUUCCACGUCUUUUCCAAUAGAGUAAAUAAAAUUUUGAAAGUGAAUAAAUAAAAUUUUGAAAGUAUGAAUGUAAGUGUGGACCCUUCAGUGAAGUAUUAAUUACAUGACAGUAAAUUCUUCUUUGGUA